CUGACACGUCCUUCCAGAUAAGCAGAUUACAUUUCCUCAGAAAGGCUUGGUAACAUAUUGCACUAAAAAGCGGCGCUGAAAGAUAAAAGUUCACUUUAACAAGCAUGAAACAAAUAGUGAACGCAGCUAAUCCGGAAAGAGGUUUAUUUGUCCACUUUUCAACCAUCCUUUCCGCUUUUUCGUAGCGAGCACCGAGAAGAUACGCAGCAGUAGUAGCUCCGCCCUCGGUUACUGCAGUUCCUUACAAGCGCUGGCUGCAGAGUGCACCUUGGUUGGAGACGAACUGCAAAAACACUGCACUGUAACCAGCCAACCUUUUUUUUUUUUCUCCCCGUGAUCGCCAUCGAGGAGUUCGCGUGUGGAUUAUAAGUGGGAUUAAUGAAUGAUUGUCAAUAUGGAUUAAUCAUCAGAUUAUGGUUUGCAGAACGGACGGUGCGUCUGCACGCUGCUUCUAUAAUAGCUCUGCAAUGUACCAAGCGCUACGGACGUCUUUACUGUCAAGUGCCCGUUGCUGGGAUGCCGACAGUGAGCGGUCCUACCAGGUUCUGUUUGAUAAACUUGACACUAAUAAAGAUGGCAAAGUGGAUGUGGCUGAGUUACGAGCGGGCCUCAAAGCGAUGGGGAUAUUUCGCCACGGUGCUGCACAGAAAAUUGUGUCAAAUGGAGACCAAAACAACGAUGGAACUUUGGACUUCAGUGAGUUUACCAAAUACCUGAAGGACCAUGAGAUGAAGCUCUUGCUGACUUUCAAGAGUCUGGACAGAAACAAUGAUGGGCGCAUUGAUGCCACAGAGAUCCAGCAGACUCUUGCAGAGUUGGGUAUACAUGUCAGCAGGGCGGAAGCCCAGAAAAUUUUACAAAGCAUGGACAUCGAUGGGACCAUGACGGUUGACUGGAACGAGUUCAGAGAGCACUUCCUGCUGUACCCUGCCUACAACCUGGAAGAGAUCAUCCGCUACUGGAAGCACUCCUUGGUGCUGGACAUUGGUGAGAGUCUGUCCAUCCCGGAUGAGUUUACAGAGGAAGAGAAGCGGUCAGACGAGUGGUGGAAGCAGCUGGUUGCAGGUGCAGUGGCAGGUGCCGUCUCUCGCACGGGUACAGCCCCUCUGGACAGACUCAAGGUCUUCAUGCAGGUUCACUCGUCCGCAGCUAACAAGAUAAGCCUGAUUGGAGGGUUCAGACAGAUGAUUGUAGAAGGAGGUCUGAUAUCACUGUGGAGAGGAAACGGGAUCAACGUUUUAAAGAUUGCGCCUGAGACUGCAAUCAAAUUCAUGGCAUACGAACAAUAUAAGAAGUUGUUAACUUCAGAGGGAACGAAGAUAGAGACUCAUAAGAGGUUCAUGGCGGGGUCCAUGGCAGGGGCCACAGCACAAACAGCCAUCUACCCAAUGGAGGUUUUAAAGACUCGGUUGACCUUGAGGAAAACUGGCCAGUACGCAGGAAUGUUUGACUGUGCCAAGAAGAUCCUGAGGAAAGAAGGCGUCACUGCUUUUUAUAAGGGCUACAUUCCAAACUUAAUUGGCAUUAUUCCCUACGCUGGGAUAGACCUCGCUGUUUAUGAGACUUUGAAGAACACUUGGUUGUCACAUCACACCAAAGAUUCGGCCAACCCUGGAGUUCUGGUGUUGCUGGGCUGCGGGACUAUCUCCUGCACAUGUGGCCAGCUCGCUAGCUACCCUCUGGCACUGAUACGCACACGGAUGCAGGCGCAAGCGUCCCUGGAUGUGUCAGACCAGCCCUCCAUGAGUUCUCUGCUGAGGACUAUUGUCGCCAAAGAUGGUUUCUUUGGCCUCUACCGGGGCAUCCUGCCAAAUUUCAUGAAAGUCAUUCCAGCUGUCAGCAUUAGCUAUGUGGUUUACGAGUACAUGAAGACUGGCUUGGGGCUCUCAAAAUGACAAUUGCGAGCUGCAGAGGACUUGAAAACAAACAAAUCUCCAUAACAUUCAGCGCAUGACUUUAUCAGUUCACUGAAUGGAAAGCUGUUUGUAUGUUUUAAGAAUUGCCUGCCAGUAGUGUUUUAAUCAAUUGUGGUGCGCAUGCUUUAUUUUUAGUCUUAAGGUUGCACAUUUCACACUCCCUUACACACAGUCCACAAACAAUGCUUGACAAAGAAAAUUUCUGUAGAUUAAAAGGCACCUAGUAAAUGGUCUUAUUCAUGAGACUUUUUUUUUUUGGUUCUGAUGAAACAAAAAAAUGAGACGCAAUGUGAUUAUCUGUUUUUUAUAUAUUUUUAUUUAUAUUUUAUCUAUAUAUAAAGAGAGAGAAGAAAAUAUUUUCUCCAGGAAAAGUUGGAUUGUAUCCUAAGCUACGCUUACACUAAGUUUGUUUAAAUGUGCACAUGUCCACACACUGGAGAUCUAAUUUCUCACUUUUAAGUUUAAAAACACACCUCACCUACUAAGGACAUCAGUUUCAGACAAGCAGGGCUCCAACCAGCAGCUGUCAGCUAAACAGAGCUAGGCCUCAAAAAUCCACACCUAUAAACACUGGAACUGAGUGUGCAUAAUGACACACUUCUCGUGCAAUGUGAAAUCCUGUGUAUUUCAUAGUUAUUUACAUGUGCCUUACAGCCUCGUGAUGCAAACCUUGGAGAUGAGGUUUUUUUUUAGCUAUAACUGUAUUUAUGUACUGUAUAUCUAAAUGUUUUCAGGUAUGCUUAUUUAUUGGACUGAAUGACAAAAACUGUUAAUAGACUGAAAACCCUGUAAAGAUCAAACUGUGUCUCGUGUCUCUUAUUUUCAAUCAGAAAAACUGUAAGCAUGCACAGCAGGGAUAGCUUUUUGUUAUCUCAGUGAGCUAAAAUAUGAAUAGUGAUUUUAAAAAAAAAAUUUUUUUUUAAAGCAAACAUGACAGUAUUAUCUCUUUAUGGUUUCGGGGUUUAGAGUGCAUCAACAGUUAGCAGUUUUAAGGUCAAUCAAGAAGAUUUUCCAUACAAAUGUAAGGUUUGCUUUUAUUAGAAUACUGUACUGUAAUGUUGGCAUACCAAAAUAAGAGAACAUUUUAAUUUCUGUUAGCUAUCUUAAACUGAAAAAAGACACGUUUUAAUCUGUUGACAGAGAAUGCUAAACUGAGAGUAAGAAAUGAGUAAUAGUAAUGAGUUUGGAAGAUUUUGUGUACAGCUCUGGUUGCUCUCUCUAAGAUGUGAUUACUGUGCAACAUUUUAUGAUUAAUUUAAACAGUUUACAGUGCAUUCUGUCACAUUUUAUUCAUUUUAAUGUUAUUGUUUCUUCCCUAACCCCCUACAUUUCCGUGUAUUAGCUAUUUUUUGUAACAUGAAUUUAACUUAAUGGAAAUAUAGCUUACUAGGAUUGAAUAAGAAAAUGUUUUUUUUUUCUUUGUUAUUUCCCAGUCUGACAGCGUUUCAAAGGGCUGCUGUUUUCACUCCUUAGACUAAGUGAAUGGUUUUGUUUUUUUUGGUGGACUGAGUUGGACUUACCAAAAUGUAAACAAGAUUGCAUAUUUAUUUUUUGUGGAAUGUUAAAGUUGAUAAAAAACCAGGAGACUGGUUUUUAUCUAAAAUAUUGUUAACCAUAGGAAGAAAAGUUUUAGACUUUGUAACAGAACAAUAUCACUUGCAUAAAAGCUUUAUAUUGCAUGGAGACAUGUAAUUAAGAGUAAAUAAAUGUGGUGGAGUUGAAAGAG